AUGGCAGCAGCGGGUUUUUUCUUUUCAGUAACUGCUCUUGUCAUCCUCAUUCAGCUGGCAACGAACCUGAAUUCAUGUUUAGCUGCGACACCGGUUCACCGCAGUGGAAGGAGGAGCACUCAAUUUAUAAGAACCUCUUGCCGUACUACCCUUCAUCCCAACUUGUGUUUCACCACCUUCGCUCGAUACGCGACCAGAGUCCGAGGUAGCUCCAGAUCGUUAGCCACCACAGCCCUCUCCUUGGCAUUCAACACGACUCAUUUCACUACGAAAUCGAUCAUAUCUCUCUCCAAACGCCACGGCUUAAAGCGUAGAGAGGCCGCCGCCUUGCGGGAUUGUGUGGAACAACUAGGGGACUCCGUUAAUGAGCUGAAAUACUCCAUCACAAAACUAAGUCCAGCUACUGCGGGAAGCAGGGAUUUUCGACGUCAAAUGAGUGAUAUACAGACAUGGGUGAGUGCAGCUUUAACUAACGAGGAUACCUGCAUGGAUGGCUUGUCUGGGAAAUCCAUUAACCGUAAUUUGAAGACUGGAGUGAGAAGAAGAGUGGUGAAGGUUGCACAUUUGACGAGUUUCGCUUUGGCUUUCGUCAACCGCUAUGCUGCAGCAGCCACUCAUAAAUGA